AUGCGAGCUGUCACAGAAAUACAGAAUAUUCCAAUGUUUAUUUACUUUUUCUUUUCUUCCCAAAAUACGACCGCUUUAAUUCAACCCCUAGAUAUGGGAAUAAUAAAAUCCUUCAAGUCCCUCUAUUUCAAUAAACUGAUUGAUUUUACUCUUAUAUUUGAAAAAGAACAGCUUUCUGAUUUGAAUUUGAAUAAUGUCAAUCUUAGACAAGUCAUUACAGUUGUCGGGGAGGCAUGGAAAAUGAUGUCAGAGACAACGAUAAUUAAUUGCUGGCAGAAAAUAAAUGAAAACAGAUCAAAAAUUUCGGAUAAUGUACAGUUGGACGAAGAAUUAAUAGAUGACGUGAUUUCAGAUGUUAUUUCAAUGGAUUCGACAGAUAUUAUUGAGGACAAAAUUACUUAUGAUGGAUAUGAAUCUAAAAAAUCAUCAAUUAAAGAAAUCAUAAACAUCGUGAAUUCUCUAGAAGAUAAUAUUUUCAGUACAUGUCCACAAUUUUUGAAAAUCUACUACGAAUUUAUAAAAAACCUAUCAGGAGAACUGAAAAAAAACCAAUUCGGUGAGAAAAUUACUGAUUACUUUUAA